AUGGAUGUUGGCGAGGGCGGGGGCCCAAAACCCCCGGCCCCAAAAAAACAUAAACUUAAAGACUUUGACGAUGGCGGCGGGGGUAAGGAAAGUGAUUUUUUACCCUAUCUAAAACCCGGAUACAAAAGACUUUAUCCAGAAAAUUCUUCAAAUUUGGAGUUCAAAGUUUACGUGCAGGGUGAAAAAAUUGGCAAUAAAAGUCCAACCUUUUUAAAUCAUAUAUUUGUAAAUGAGGUAAAAGGUGUAGUAGCGAUUCGUAGAAUCAAUGCUAACAAGAUUGCGGUGGUGUUCAAGCAGUAUAAUACUGCUAAUAAUUUUAUAAGUAACUCUUCAUUUCUGGAGAAGUACAACUUUAAGGCGUUCAUACCAGCGGCAGACAUAGAAAGAACAGGAAUUAUCCGAUACGUACCCACAAACUUAUCUAACAAGGAGCUUUACUCAAAGCUAGAGUCGGAGUACGAAAUAAUUGCAGUCCGACGAUUCACCAAAAAGGUUGGACAAGAACGGGUACCACUUCAUACAGUGAGCAUUACCUUUCUGUCCAGUUCUUUACCACAAAAUGUACAAUAUGACUUAUUCUCUUACCGCAUUUUUGACUAUAUCCCUCCUCUACAACAAUGUUACCGUUGCUUCAAAUUUAACCACUCAGCCAAAAUAUGUAAUGGCAAACAAAAAUGUAGCAUUUGUGCUGGGGACCACUCAUAUAGAGAGUGUGAUAACCCCUUCAAUCUGCUGUGCUAA